AAGGGCGAAACGGCGCCCUCCCCACAGAAAGCCCCGCCCUCCAAAAAAUAAUAAAAUUCCCCUCAGGCGCCUCACGGAGGCGACCGUUGCCCCCUUUUUUCCCGCCUUUUUGAGGGGGAGGGGCCGCAAGCGUUAGAAAUUCAAGCGAGCCUGAGAGAUACAGUACAUAAUAUACUGUAUAUAUACACACAUUAUAUACCUAUACAUUUAAAAAGAGGCCAACCUUUCUCCUCCCUCAAGUUUUAUAGUCGUGCCAUCUUGCGGGGCGUGAGGUGGAGAACUUUCCUUCCUCAUUCCGAGCAUUGCCAGUGCUUGGAGGUGAUUUUAGGAAUCAAGUUCUAAAAAUCUGCAGGAAACAACCACUUUGGUUGCAACAACCGAAGCAGAACAAUGCCUCGUUGUAGAAAAAGGAGCAUUUUUGUCAUAAGCCCUUUUCUUAUCGUUCUUUUCGUUCUCUGUUUCGAACUGCACUAUUGGGCCAUGCAACCCUCUAACAAAGUGAAAUGGCCAACUAACCCCUGCCCACAUAAGGUUGUGACCGAUACCAUCACAGCUUUAAAAUAUAGCCACACUUUCAUCGUUUCGUCCUAUCAGGAUAACCGGGAGCAAAACUUAACCCGUGUGAUUGCGAUAGUGAACUAUAAGAAGGUACAGGAUCUCUACUGCUGGUUUUGCUGCAGCCAUAACAGGCGUAUCUCCAUAAUAAGGGCUGCCGUAGACAUUCACUCAGAGAGAUUUGAACUCCCUUUUGGAUCAGCAGACAUAGUGUGCCUGGAACCUCAAAACUGCUCUCCCAAUUAUGUGUCAGUUCAUUCCUCCUCAAAAGGAAACAUUGAGGAAUUACCACAAUUUGAAAUCAGGAACCGUGUGCACAGCACACAGUUUUCUGCUGAAUUUACGGUCUGUCUCUCUGUCAUGGUCGAAAACCACAGCAACGUCUUACAGUUCCUACAAAGCAUGGAAAUGUAUAAAAUCCUUGGCGCGCAGAAAGUGGUGAUCUACAUGAGCAGCUACAACCAAUCAGUGGAAGAAUUCCUGAAAUUUUACGUAGCAGAAGGCACCGUUGAGAUUAUACCUUGGCCAAUUACUUCAUAUAUUAAGUUUUCUUCAUUCUGGUCUUCUUCCCCACAAUGGCACAAUGGAAAAACAACGGUCUUAAACGACUGCAUCUAUCGCAAUAUGUAUAGGAGCAGAUAUGUGGUUCUUAAUGACAUUGAUGAAAUUAUCUUACCUACUAAACAUCUGAAUUGGAAAACAAUGAUGAACAGCCUCGAGAAUCAAAACCCAGAAACAGGGAUCUACUUUUUUGAAAGUCAUUUCUUCCCCCAGAGUGUGCUUUCUUCUAUAGACAGGUUCAAUGUUCCAUUAUGGAAAACAGUCCCAGGAGUUAAUAUACUGCAGCAUAUUUACAAAGUGCCUAACAGAAUAUGGCUCAAUAACCCAAGAAAAAUGAUUGUUAAUCCGAGGAAAGUAAUCCAAACCUCCAUCCACUCCGUUCUCAAGGGUUAUGGUAGAACAAUGGAAGUCCCCAAAGAUAUUGCAAUCCUGUACACCUGCAGAGCCCACAACAGAAAAGACAUCUCUGACGGAUACCUCAUUAGAGACCCAGCAAUUUGGCGCUUCAAUGCUUCUUUGAUUAGCAAUGUUAAUGAAAUGCUUACCAAAAAAAUGUUUCACAAGAGUUUCAAAUUCACUUGGAAGACAUUAAUCAAAACCAUUGCAAGUAUCUUAAAAUAGAAAGUUCUACUCUUGCUGGAUUAAACAACAACCAGUCAUUUCAGGAGGUUGUAGACAAGUGGGCACUUCAGAUUUUCUCACAUCAUGAAAACAACAGAUAAUAUACAGUACGUAUUCAUGCCAGUUUUUAC